GACACCAUUAAUGUUUUUCUGCAGCUCCUACAUAUAUUUCUCCCAAAACUUACCAUUACCAGCCACAAGCCACACACACACACUCUCUCUCUCUCUCUCUCUCUCCACCCCCCCAUAACGUUAACGUGGAGAUGGACCUUCUCUCACUCUUGCCGUCUGUCACUCCUGGAACCCUAACCCAAUACUUCUUCUCCUUCCUUGCCCUUCUAUGGUUGCUUCAUCAGGUGACUUACUGGAUUAAGAAACGCCACAUUCCAGGGCCUGUGUUUGUGUUGCCUUUCAUUGGCAACGCAAUCCCAUUGGUUCGCAAUCCCACCCGGUUCUGGGAAGAGCAAGCUGUUAUUGCCAAGCCUCUUGGCUUCUCUGCAAAUUAUCUCAUUGGCAACUUUAUGCUGUUCAUUCGUAACACUGAACUCUCUCACCGUAUUUUCUCAAAUGUUCGCCCUGACGCUUUCAUGUUGGUGGGUCAUCCCUUUGGAAAAAAGCUCUUUGGUGAACAUAAUCUGAUCUACAUGUUUGGACAAGACCAUAAAGAUCUUCGUGCUCGUAUUGCUCCUAAUUUCACUAUUAGAGCUCUCUCUACUUACAUUUCGUUGCAGCAGAUUAUUAUUCUUAAACACUUGAAAAAAUGGGUUAAAUUAUCAAAUUUCGAUGUGUCCCAGAAGCAGCAGCUUAUCACUCUUCGUCUUCUUGUUCGUGAUAUGAAUCUCGAAACGUCUCAAACGGUUAUCGUGGGACCUUAUUUGGAUGAAGAAGCCAGAAGAAAAUUUAACUAUGAUUACAAUCUUUUCAAUGUCGGCACGAUGAAAUUCCCCGUGGAUCUGCCCGGUUUCGCGUUUCGAAACGCCAGGCUGGCGGUUCAGCGUUUAGUGGAAACUUUGACCAUGUGCACUCGACAGAGCAAGGCGAAGAUGGCGAACGGCGAAGAGCCCUCUUGUUUGAUUGAUUUUUGGAUGCAAGAACACAUAAAAGAGGUUUCCGCCGCGGAGGCCGCGGGUAAACCCCCGCCACCGCACUCCGGAGACCACGAAAUCGCCGGCCACCUCUUUGAUUUCCUCUUCGCAGCUCAAGACGCGUCUACCUCGUCACUCUUGUGGGCCGUUUCACUUCUCGACUCGCACCCCGAAGUCCUGAGCAAAGUUCGUAGUGAAGUUCUUAACUUUUGGUCGCCUGAAUCAAACGAAAUGAUAACGGCCGAUCAGGUGAGGGAGAUGAAGUACACGCAAGCUGUGGCGCGUGAGAUUUUAAGGUAUAGACCACCGGCCACAUUGGUUCCACACAUUGCGGUCAAAGACUUCCCGUUGACCGAUUCGUACACUAUCCCGAAGGGCACGAUUGUGUUCCCGUCUGUGUACGAGUCAUCUUUCCAGGGAUUCACUGACCCAGACCGGUUCGACCCCGACCGGUUCAGUGAGGAGAGACGAGAAGAUCAGGUACAUAAGAGGAACUUUAUGGUGUUCGGAGCUGGGGCCCAUCAAUGUGUGGGCCAGAGAUAUGCGUUGAAUCAUUUGGUGCUUUUUAUCGCGAUGUUUGCCACGUUGAUUGAUUUCAAGAGACAGAGAACCGACGGUUGUGAUGAGAUUGUGUACAAUCCAACGAUUUGUCCCAAGGACGGGUGUAAAGUUUACCUGUCUAGGCGUUGCUCACGUUAUCCUAAUCUCUCAUUCGAGUGACGGAAACACCCUUAAAAUGAUUACUUUAGUUUGCAGUGUCGGUACUGUAUUUGGAAUUGUGUUAGCACAGUUACCGAGGGUGAAUGGGUCAAAUAUAGUGUUGUUUUCAGUUGUAUAUGUUCAAUUUUUUUCCUGUGGGUGGGUGCGCAUAGAUUUUGACGGACUGUUUAAGUAAUUUGUUAUUAGAUUAAUGAUGGCAGUUGACCAGGGUUUGGAUUCUUGUUAA